CCAGUGUGUAUUUGUCUUCGAAACGCGUUCGACGUGUUACCGACGUCGCUCCGUAAUCCAUAACUCGCCGCUGCAUUUUUUUCGGGGUAAACAACAUCCAUUGAAAAUUUAUACAUUUAUUACCGACAUAAAGAUAAAGAAGCCAAGUCCGUAAGAAAGUGUGACCAUCAGUCAAUUUGUCUUGUACAGAGGAGGAAGAGAAAUACCUAAAAUACGAGAGAGGAAGAGAUACUUAAAAGCGAAAGCUCAGACAGAAUUAAUCAACGUAUACGAGUGUGGAGCAAAUUUUACACAUCAACCCUUCCCGAUAUUGGUCGGGUUGGCGGAAGGAGAGAGAUAUUUUUCGGUUACAAAAGGGCCCAAUAUUUUCGUGGUGGAGGACUGAAGUGUGAUCAUGGAACAUGCAUCCGUCAGGCAGACAGCGCACUCUGGCCGCACCGUGCCCUCGAGUUGGUGAUACAGGAGUCACUGAGGUCCUGUGAGGCCCAACAAGAUCCAGUUGUGGCGAGAAUGUUUUGUGGUGGCUUUCGAGAGUUGCUGUGUUGAUGAACUAAGUGCGUGGCUCGCCUGCAACUCAUAAGUUUUCAAUAGAGAAUAAUUCCCGUGUUUAAUAUCUCCGGUUCGCGUCGCGCGGUCUCAAUCUUACUGGUUUAUCUCCGGACAUCUUUGGACACUUUUCAAGAGAAAAGAACUUCUGCCACACUGUGUGAAGUGAUUAUACAGAGAGAGAGAGAGACUUUGGCGGGUAUACCCGGGCAUACCGCGUCAAGAAAACUCUAGCCACCCCCCAACUAGGCACCAAGCUAGGCACCAAGCUAGGCUCCAAGCUAGACUCCAAUAAGUUUGCAAAGAUUGUUGCGCGAUGCUCUGCACUUCCAGCAUCAAUCGACGAGCUUCUGGAUUCCUCGGUGUGAAUUUCGUUAUGAUUGUUUACUUGUGAUUUCCUUGGCGAUUGCUUUCGGUAUAAUUAGCAGUAAUCUUAACUGGAAUAGAUCUGUAGUGUGCUCUGAGAUUUGAAGGCGAAAAUACCAAUGUUGCGAAGGGUGUUGAUUUGUUGCAUCUCUGAGUGAAUCUGUGGUGAAGGCGAGGUUAGAUUAACCCCUUCCGAUUUUUGUAAAAUCAUAUAUUAAAGGCGUUAAGGAAAAAGUGCUCCAAUAACAGUGACACGCAAAACAUCAAUAUUUCCCAGAAGAAGAAGAAGAGUGAAUUUUGAGAGAGAGUGACAGUAUAUAUCGUGCUUUUAAUUAUACACAGGGUGUUAAGUGUAUAAAGUAAAGUGGCCCAAGUAGAGUUUGCAGCCGCUCCCAGAGCAUUGAUGGCUCAGCCGAGGUAUGACGAAAGCCUGCAUGGCUACAUGGAUUCAGGCGCCGCCGCUGCGAUGUACGAUCCUCAUGCUGGGCACAGGCCACCCGGACUGCAAGGGUUGCCACCCCAUCACUCGCCCCACAUGAGUCACGCCGCGGCUGCCGCCUCAGUCGGCAUGCACGGAUACCACUCUGGCCAUGGGACUCCUAGUCAUGUCUCCCCAGUCGCCAACCAUGUGAUGGGAUCCAUCCCCGAGGUGCACAAACGUGAUAAGGAUGCUAUUUAUGGACACCCUCUGUUCCCGCUGCUGGCGCUCAUAUUUGAAAAGUGUGAAUUAGCAACAUGUACACCUCGAGAUCCCGGCGUCCAAAGUGGUGAUGUCUGUUCGUCAGAGUCAUUCAAUGAGGAUAUCACAAUUUUCAGUAAACAGAUACGAUCAGAAAAGCCCUACUACAUAGCAGAUCCCGAAGUAGACUCACUUAUGGUGCAAGCAAUUCAAGUACUUCGGUUUCACCUCCUAGAGUUAGAAAAGGUUCACGAAUUAUGCGAUAAUUUCUGUCACCGAUACAUCUCUUGUCUAAAGGGUAAAAUGCCAAUAGAUUUAGUGAUUGACGAACGGGACACCACCAAACCACCAGAAUUAAGUGGUUCUGCGAAUGGGGAGGGUCGCAGCAAUGCCGAUUCGACAUCGCACACCGAUGGAGCAAGUACACCAGACGUUCGACCACCUAGUUCGUCCCUGUCAUAUAGCGGACCAGUCAACGAUGACGUGAGAUCGCCGGGCUCAGGAGGCACUCCUGGCCCACUCUCAGCCCAGCCGCAACCCGGAUUGGAUUCAUCAGAUCCAGAUGCCGAGGGUCGAUGGUGUAGAAGAGAAUGGACCUCACCUGCCGACGCCCGAAGUACAGACGCUUCGCGGGGGCGAGGGAUUCUCUAUCAGUCAGUCUUCCUAGGUAGUCCUGGUGACGCAAGCAAUGCUAGUAUAGGUAGUGGUGAAGGAACGGGAGAAGAAGAUGAUGAUGCCAAUGGCAAAAAGAACCAAAAGAAGCGGGGGAUUUUCCCCAAAGUAGCGACAAAUAUCCUCCGAGCGUGGCUGUUUCAACAUUUAACGCAUCCGUAUCCAUCGGAAGACCAGAAAAAACAAUUAGCGCAAGAUACAGGGCUUACGAUACUGCAAGUGAAUAAUUGGUUUAUCAAUGCGAGACGUAGAAUCGUUCAACCAAUGAUUGACCAAUCGAAUAGAGCCGUCUUCCCGCCUCAUGCAGGACCAUCGGCGGCGUACGGGCCCGAGGCGAUGGGCUGGAUGGACGGCCAGGCGCAGAUGAUGCACCGUCCGCCCGGCGAUCCGGCCUUCCACCAAGGCUACGCGCACUACCCACCCGCCGAGUACUAUGGCCAUCACUUGUAAUGCGCACCACACGGAGAGCCAGGUGAGCCCGCACGCAGAGUCUGACCGGCCGACCGCAAGGGUCCCACCUCGGCACGUCCUCUGGCAGUGCGUCAUCCAGUAGUCAACUUGUCAGCAAUCCCAGUGAGAUGACCUUAUGUGGCUGAGCAGCCAGCGUUACCACCAAACCUUGAAGCCAGGAAUUCGUGGAAGGAUCCAAAAUCGGUGCAAUCAAUUUAAUAAUGUCGUUCACUCGGCGCAGACCAUCAAAAUUCUUCUGCGACACCACCCAGGAUUACCAUAUUUCGGGACGUCUGCGUUGAGGCUAAACCCAAGUAAAAGCAACAAGAGAAAAAGCUAAAAAAAACCCCUUUUAAAAGCUAUAACAACGACCUUCACAUUUUAACUGGAGCGGAAAGGAGAGCGGGAGUCUAAAAUCCAAUCUCCUAAAAGUCGAUCUAAAAACAAGCGUAUAACUAAAAGAAAAAAAAUGGGUAAAAAUGUGAUUUAUUUGUACAAAAUGUAAAGUGUUAAGAGUGUCGUGUCAUGUACAAAUCAUAUAGUGAAAAAGAUGGUGGAGAGGCAGUGAUAGCAACUGUGUUCCAACCGAUAAAAGAAGAAAAACACUGCGGCAUUGACGCUUUGAGCUAAAUGAACUCACGAGAGAGAGAGAGAGAGAGCAAGUUGAGAGAGGAGAAACAUGGAAAAACUACAGUGAUUAAUUUUUUAAGUAUAGAGAGAGAAAAAAAGAGAUGAAAUAUAAAUGAUAGUAAAAAAAAAGAAAAAAUACCUAGCAAAAUUACUAUAAAUAAAGAAAAA